AGCCCCGCCCCCAAGGCCCGGAAACGAAAGCCAGUUCUCCGCUUCCGAGCGGGGUCACGACCCGGGCGCUAAAGCGGGGAUUCCGCGAGUGCCGGUUGCUCAGCGGGUCAGGGCAGCCCCCAACCCGGCACCAUGUCCCGGAUUCUGCGCACUGUGCUCAUUUUCGGCGGUUUCGUUUCCCUGAUCGGCGCUGCCUUCUACCCCAUCUACUUCCGGCCCCUAAUGCGGCUGGAGGAGUACCAGAAGGAGCAAGCCAUAAAUCGGGCUGAUAUCAUCCAGGAGGAGGUGCAGCCACCAGGGUUAAAAGUGUGGUCUGAUCCGUUUGGCAGGAAAUGAGAAGGCCAUCACCAACUCUAAUUGUGAAAGUAGACAUCUUCAUGCUUUUGAUUCUGGAGCAAGUAUAAAUCACCUACCUCCCUGUGGGACGAUGGCUGGAGAAGCAAACUGUAAUGCCGUAAAUGCGAGUACUUGUGAUACAAGACUGUACACCAGGAUUCAUAUCCCCUUAUUCCCCUUCUUAAGAAUCAAAAAAAAAACGCUGAAACAAAUCUCACCGUUAGGAAGGUUUUCAUGAUUCAGUUGACUUUUUAAAAAUGAAGCUGUCUCACCCAGCUGUGUUUGGAGUAGAUCUGCUUAGUAUUCAGUCUUUACCACUUACCCAACUGAGCUAUGAUAUGAAUACAGGCAACCAGUGGACUUCGGAAAAUCCAGGUCUGUUUUGCCGUCUUUCAAAUAAGAGAUUUCUGUGAAAACCACCAUGCUGAGCUGCCUCAUAGGGCUCUUUCAAAAUGUUAAAGUUGGUAAAACUCUUUGAGGACUAGAAGGUACUUUGUGUUCUUUAAGAAUCAUCAGUUCAGCUUCACCAUCUCUUGUCGAAGAUUGUGCCAUGUUGGGAAAUAAUUAAAUAUGAGGCAACUCAAACUAAAUUGGUAUGCAUGCAUAGAAGAAAUCAGUGUUGGAUUAAUAGAAGUGAAAGUGUGUGUAUUAAAAUGAUUUAUUUCAAAA